UCUGUUGGGCUUCGCCCGCGCAGGUUCGAACCCUGCUGUCGACGUUUUACCAAUUUUCUUUCUGACAAAAUAGAAAGCAGAGAGAGAGAGAGAUGAUUUUUAUUUGUAUAGGGUUUUGUUCCAAAAAAAAAUUUAAUCUCUCAAACCCCAUGUUUGGUUUCUAAGAAAAAACGAUAGACAAAAAGAAAAAAGAUCUCUCUGUUUUUUUCCUCGAACAAACGGAAAAUGGAAUAUAAUUCAAAUUCCAUUUCACCAGCAACACCACAACACUCAAAAACAACACAAGAACUAGCAAUAGAAGGCCAAAAACAUCUAGAAGAAACAAUCCAAGCUGGUUACCAAAUCCUUUCUUCUAUGAACGAUGAGCUUUGCAACCCCACUUUAUGGUCCACCACCUCCACUGCUACGACUGCUGUGACUUCACCCAUUACUUCUAAAAAUGCCCUAAACGGUGCCGUCGUCAUUACUGUCAAUGGUGAUGCUAAUGCUGCUGUAUCUGAUUCCACUCAUGAGUUGAAUGGUGGUGGUGUGGGUAAUGGAGCUCUUGAUGAAGCUCGGUUUCGGUAUAAGAAUUCGGUUGCUGCUCUUCGUGAUGUUCUUGCGGCAAUUCCUAAUUCUCACAAGGCAAAACCUUUUGAAACGAGUUCUCCAGCAGAUGAAGCUGAGAUUAAGAAGUUGGAAGAGCGAGCCUCCAGCCUAAGAAAGGAACUUGCAAAGAAGAACACAUAUGUCAAGCUACUCAUAGAUCAAUUACGAGAGAUCAUUACUGACAUAUCUACAUGGCAGACUCCUUGUUCUGUCUGAAGUUCGUUCAGAAAUCAUUAUUUUGAAAGGGGAUGCCUGAGAAUAAAGGACUGAGUCUUUGUGAGGUGACGGUGUCUAUCUUGACAUUUUCUUUCUUUGCGACACUGAUAUACAUUAACUUUAGAUCUCUAGAGCUAGAUAGUAAGAAGGCGAUUCUGGGUUAGCAGAAUUUAGUAAAACCAAAGAGAUUUUGAACAAGAGAGCAUGGGUUGUAUAUCUUGACGGAAAUUUCUGGUACAAGCAACUUUGAUUGUUUUUUCAUACGCAAUGACAUUCCCUGUUUGAUCACUACAUGAAGUGAUUUCAGACAUUGUUACUUUUAAUUUGUAAUGUCUGAUUUUUGUUCGCUUUGAACCCCUUAGGAAAUUGUAGCUGCAUCUCAUGAAAUAAACAAUUUAAUUCCUCCACAUAGUGGCCUUACAAUAUAAAUAAAAUACUAUCCCCAACAUGUUUUAAAUCAGAUUACCAAGAAGUUAAUUUGAAGUUGCUUUUUUUGAAAGCACACUCUAGCUGUAAUGCUUUGUUAACAGACGCAAGGGUCUCCUGUGCAUAUGCUUGUGGUAGCCUGCUCUCUCCUUACCCAAAGUUUUACCUUUUGGAGGUAAUUUAAUGUUAGGUUUCUUACCUAUUGUUUUACCCUUUGGGGGUCAUUUAAUGUUAGGUUUCUUACCUAUAGUUUUAUCCGUUGGAGGUCAUUUAAUGCCAGGUUUCUCAUCCAACUAAGUCUGUAACAGAGCCAUGUUACGUAAUCAGGUCAAACAUUGUAUCAAGGCAAGGUGACCUCACUAGAAACUGGAGGGCAUAUACAGGUAAAUUUAAAUUCUCUGUAAAAGCCUGUUUAUUGCACUGUUUGAGCAAACACCUUACAAUAGUUUCAAGUUUCUUUGGCAGCGUCAUUGAUGGCAAAUUUAAAGAGAAAUCGUUGAUGGACCUUUUUAGCAGAAAAUGUUGAUUCUCUUAUAAGCAACUGAUGUUGAAGAACAUCCACAUGUCCUGCGUGUAGGACAGGAAGGCCGUGUAUUGUGGCCUUGCAAUCCUUUUUCUCGCAGAAAAUUUGAUUCGUCAUGUUUGCCUAUCCUUGUCUGCUAGCUACCGUCAGUACAGACCAAACAGAACGAGGUCCCUUCUGCAUUUAAAUGUGGGACUGAUCUUUGCAUCUGUAUUGAUAUUGAAUGCCAACCAAAUUUUGGGUAAAAAAUAAAGGAGGUCGUGUUUGGUUAAA